UACCACACCGUUUAAAACCCUUACCCGAGUGGUCGACCGCAUUUGAUCAAUCCAUUAAACUGCAGCCUCCCACAGUCCCACUAUCAAAGCCGAAGGGUCUUGGCGUUUUGGCGGGAGAGGUUUAAAGAAUUAGUGCGUGACGACUUUCUGGCGGGAAAACAGUAAGAAGAAAGGGGAAAGGCAAGACAAGACGAGAGAGAGAGAGAGAGAGAGAGAGAGAGAUGGGAGAGGAGCAGGUGGCGGAGGAGUUCUCAGUGUGGAAGAAGAACACACCAUUCUUAUACGAUCUUGUGAUCUCCCAUGCCUUCGAGUGGCCUUCCCUCACCAUCCAAUGGCUCCCUACGCCGUCCCCCGCCCAGACCACCUCAACCUCGAACAAUACUACAUCAUCCUUCGCCGCCCAGAGACUCAUCCUUGGGACCCAUACCUCCGACAACGCCCCUAACUUCCUCAUGAUCGCCGACGUACACCUCCCUCUUUCUCCUACAGCAACCACCAUCAAUUCCCAACACAACAGUAUCGUGGAACCAUCUCCCUCUGAUCCCUCCACCAUUCCUAGGGUGGAGAUAGCUCAAGAGAUACAUGUUGAUGGAGAAAUUAAUCGGGCUCGAUACAUGCCCCAAAAUCCAUCCGUCAUUGCCGCCAAGACUAAUGAUUCUGAGGUCUAUGUCUUUGAUUCCUCCAAGCACCCUCUGAAACAUCAUGGCGGUUCUUGCUGUCCCGAUUUGCGAUUGAGGGGCCAUGAUCAAGAAGGGUACGGUCUAUCAUGGAGCCCUUUCAAGCAGGGUUACCUCCUCAGUGGCUCCAAUGAUUCCAAAAUAUGCUUGUGGGAUACAUCUGCUUUGCCCCAAGAUAAAAUUCUUGAGCCCAUGUUUGCAUAUGAGGCUCAUGAGGAUAUUGUGGAACAUGUUUCGUGGCAUUCUAAGAACGAAAAUUUAUUUGGAUCAGUUGGGGAUGACAGACGAUUGAUGAUUUGGGACUUGCGAUCGCCAUUGUCAAAUAAGCCACAGCAUUCAAUUAUCGCUCAUGAGAAAGAGCAGGUGAAUUAUCUCUCCUUCAAUCCAUUUAAUGAGUGGAUUCUGGCUACAGCUUCUUCAGAUACAACUAUUAAUCUGUUCGAUCUACGGAAGCUAACAACUGCAUUGCAUAGUUUUUCGAGUCACACAGAGGAGGUAUUCCAGGUAGAAUGGAGCCCUAAUCAUGAAACGGUAUUGGCAUCUUCUGCUAGUGAUAGAAGGAUAAUGAUCUGGGACCUCAGCAGGAUUGGUGAUGAGCAGUCAGAAGAAGAUGCUGAGGAUGGGCCUCCUGAGCUUCUCUUUUCUCAUGGGGGACACACUGCCAAGAUAUCAGAUUUUUCAUGGAAUGAAAAUGAACCAUGGGUCAUUGCAAGUGUAUCUGAAGACAAUAUCCUUCAGAUCUGGCAGAUGGCACAGAGCAUUUAUCGUGAUGACAUGCAAGCUGAUGAAUAGGUUGCAAUUCUUUGUGGGAUUAUAUACAUUUGCAUGAAACUAGUGGCUAUUCUUCACCAUUAGAGGGGUAAGUGUGAAGUGGGGUCUUGACAAAAAUAUUCCUGACUCUCCAUUUCAGCAGUCAUUAGACCUUGGAUAGAAGUGGAUGUCCUAAUAUGCUCAGGUGUAGAUGUCUUUUAGUUUGUGGUACAGUGUACUAGAUUCAUAACUUGUCCGCUUAACUUAAGAUUUAUCAUGUUUUUGAUUGUGA